AUGCCGAGUGCAUCUAUAAUAAGUGAUUUUCAACGUUCAUCAUCAAAUUCAUCAUUAUCAUCAUCAUUACUUCUAGCUGCUUGUCAACAAUAUGACAUAAAUGAUUUAUCUUAUUGUUUUGAUCAACAACAAAAAUUAUCUUCACCACCACCAUCUUUAUUAUCAUCAUCAACAUAUGAUUCAAUUGGUAAACGUAGUCAAAAUAUGACCGAAUGUGUACCGGUGCCAAGUUCGGAACAUGUUGCCGAAAUUGUUGGUCGACAAGGUUGCAAAAUAAAAGCACUUCGUACAAAAACUAAUACAUAUAUUAAAACUCCUGUUCGUGGUGAUCAACCUGUAUUUAUAAUAACUGGUCGAAAAGAAGAUGUUUAUCAAGCUAAAAAAGAAAUUCUAUCAGCUGCUGAACAUUUUUCACAAAUACGAGCUGCUCGUAAACAAACUAGUGCAAGUAAUUCAUCAAAUAGCAGUACAAGUAGUGGAAGUAAUACAAAUUUACAUUAUAAUAGUUUAAUAUAUCCAUCAACAUCAACAUCAACAACAAAUAUUCAACAAAUAACUAUACAAGUUCGUGUACCAUAUCGUGUUGUUGGUUUAGUUGUUGGUCCAAAAGGUGCAACUAUAAAACGUAUACAACAAACAACAAAUACAUAUAUUGUAACACCAGGUCGUGAUAAAGAACCUGUUUUUGAAAUAGCUGGUUUACCUGAAAAUGUUGAAGCUGCACGUAUUGAAAUUGAAAGUCAUAUUGCUGCACGUACAGGUCAAACAUCAGAUAUUGAAGAAAAUGAUUUUGAAAAAGAAUUAUUUUCAAUAACAGAUAUUAUUGAUACAAAUCAACAAUGUUCAAAAUGGAUUAAAUUAAAUAAUAAUAAUAAUAAUAAUUCAUCAUUGUCAACAACAAUAACAACACCAAAAUUUUCUCAUCAUUUAUCAUUACCAUUUCCUCAAGAUGAUAAAAUCAAAUCAACAUAUCGUACUGUAUCACAAUCAUCUUUUUUACCUUCUUUUAAUGAUCAAUUAGAUUUAAAUUCAUCAUUUGAACAAAUAUCAGAUGAUAAUUUUGAUUCAAUUUGGACAAAUUUUAAUUUUAUAUCAAUGAAAACAUCAAUGGGUUUUGCUUAA